UUUUACCUUUAACAAUUUAGGCCUUCGUCGCUAACAUUAUUUCAAAAACUAAGUUAGCAUGUCCGCUAUAAGGAUUUUGAAUCCCAAUGCUGAAGUGGCUAGAGCCUCACAAGCUUUACAAGUCAAUAUACAAGCUGCGCUUGGCCUCCAAGAGGUUUUAAUGACUAAUUUAGGUCCAAAGGGAACCAUAAAAAUGCUUGUUUCUGGUGCGGGAGAUAUUAAAAUCACGAAAGACGGGAAUGUUUUACUCCACGAAAUGCAAAUUCAGCAUCCAACGGCAUCUCUAAUUGCGAGAGCGUCUACCGCUCAAGAUGAUAUCAUCGGCGAUGGCACGACGUCCACAGUUAUACUGAUCGGGGAAUUGCUUAAGCAAGCUAAUCUGUACAUCAGUGAAGGCUUACAUCCAAGAAUUAUAGCAGAAGGUUUUGAGUUGGCUAAAAAGAAAUCUUUAGAGAUUCUCAAUCAGAUCAAAUUUUCCACGUCUGUUGAUAGAUAUAUCCUUACUCAAGUUACUAAAACUUCCCUGCGCACCAAGCUUAGCGCCCCACUGGCCGAUGCUCUUACUGAAAUUUUAGUGGAUGCUGUUCUUUGCAUUAAAGUCGAUGAGAAACCCAUUGAUUUAUUUAUGAUUGAAAUUAUGGAGAUGCAGCACCGAACGACUGCGGAUACCUGCUUAGUGAGGGGUAUUGUUAUGGAUCACGGCGCGCGUCAUCCAAACAUGCCGAAGCACGUGGAAAAUGCAUCGAUUUUAACAUUAAAUGUUUCACUCGAAUACGAAAAGACCGAGGUCAAUUCCAGUUGGUUUUACUCAAGCGCUGAAGAUCGUGAUAAUAUGGUGCAAGCGGAGCGGGCGUUUGUAGAUAGCCGCGUGAGGAAAAUUAUAGAAUUCAAGCGAAAAGUGUGUGACUCGCCUGAUAAAAACUUUGUAGUUAUUAAUCAGAAAGGGAUCGACCCGCUUUCGUUGGACAUGCUGGCUAAGGAAGGGAUUCUAGCGCUGCGGCGUGCUAAGCGGAGGAAUAUGGAAAGAUUAACACUUGCCUGCGGAGGUACUGCUAUGAAUUCCGUCGAGGAUCUUACAGAAGAUUGUCUGGGCCACGCCGGAAAGGUCUACGAGCAGGUCAUAGGCGAGGAAAAAUACACGUUCGUCGAAGCCUGCAAAAACCCCAAAUCUUGCACUGUUUUAAUAAAGGGGCCCAAUAAACACACUAUUUUGCAAAUUAAAGAUGCCGUGCGCGACGGGCUGCGCGCUAUUAAAAACACACACGAGGACAAGGCGCUGGUUCCUGGCGCAGGCGCCUUUGAAGUGGCCUGUCAUGCGGAGCUCAUUAAGUUUAAAGACACCGUGAAGGGCCGCACGAAGCUCGGCGUGGCGGCCUUUGCGGAUGCUCUUCUUGUGAUCCCGAAAGUGCUCGCCCGCAAUGCUGGCUUCGACCCGCAAGAUGUAAUGGUGACUUUGCAGGAGGAAUACCUGGAGGGAAAUGUGUCAGGGCUGGACUUGGCUACUGGGCAGCCAUGUGACCCAUGCGACCUUGGAAUUUACGACAAUUAUAGCGUGAAGCAUCACAUGCUUUGCUCCUCCGCCAUUAUUGCUAGCAACUUGCUAUUGGUUGAUGAGAUUAUGAAGGCUGGACGCUCCAAUGUGAAGGCCUCUCACGAUAAUGAGAACCAAACCUCUCUGGAAUAA